CGCUGAUUUCGUUAUUGACGUUACUAGUCACAUUGUUUUAUAUUGGGUAUGGUUAUAGUAUGGCUGAAAGCUUAAACAUUAACUUCAUUCCACCAAAGUUAUAUAUAGCAUGCACUGGGCAAAUUUCUAGUAUGUGUAAUCUUAAAUUCAAAUAAAUCCCGUAGAUUAUGCCAAAAACCAAGCUUCCUGUUUAGGGAAGUUGCGAAAAACUUGGAAUUAUCGGAAUAAAGAUAUACUUAUAUCCCAUAUGAUAUACAUUCGAUUCAAAAAUCAACUACACAAAUUUCUUUUUUUCAAAUCAUUCUCUUCUGUAGAUCUUGUUUGAAAUUGUAGAUUUUUUACAGGUUCGACGCAGUCUGGCACAACUUUGUGAUGGUCCUAUCCUAAAUGGGAUUUCAAAUUUCUGUACUAUGUCCUUAAAAUGUAAAAGUGAACAUUGUGUGAGUGGACAUACUUUGGAUCAUGCACUAGUAUGCCUAAUUCAAUUGUAUAAAAAAAUAGAAAUAUUGCUUCUUCGUUUGAAUUCCUGCUGGAGGUCGUGUGAAGCACAGUUUACUACCGGACACUUUACUAAAGUCCUCUUAUUAAUAAUGACAGUACUUUCAGGUUUAAGAGUUCAAUCUCUUAAUUCUCUAGAUGAGGUUAACUGUUGUUAUGGUAACCUCUUUGCAGUUCGAAGAUCUUUAACAGAUACGAGGACUUGGUUACCAUCUGAUGUUACACUACCGUCUUCAUUAAAUCACCAAACAAAACCACCAGCAACAGAUGUGAAUAAUCGCGAAAUUUUAGAUUUUGGUGAAGUUCGAACUAAAAAUAUCCCAAAGUUUUUGACCGCAAAAGGAACUCCUGAUAAUUCCGAUUCUCAUGAAGCCAUAACUUCUAGCAAACCUCUUGCUAACAAUAACAAGAAAGUUAAAAGACUUAGUGCGGAUACUCAACGUUCACUGUAAGUUACUAAGCAUAAUGCAUUAACUUUUUAGGACUGCAAUACUUCCACGCACCACUCAAAAGAAACAAGAAGAUCUUCUUUCUGUACUUCUUAACCGCAGAUAGCAUGAUGUCUGAGAUUAUUGUACAGUUCCAUGAUCAAAUAUGCACCUAUUUGUAUUAUUUUUAUUACUUUCUUAUCCAAUGUAAAUAACUAAAUUUUUGGUUUAUUAGAAAAUAAAUUUCUCUAAAUGUUUUCUUUUUGUUGGGGUGGGAGUAAAGGAUACUUCUAUAGGCUUCUUAGGUUUCAUUUUACUACAUCUAAUCAUAUAUUUUCAUUGUAG